AUGAUAUCGCAGGAGCACCUUCAUACUGAUUUGGUGAGUCUGAAAAUUAAAAAUUGCUCUGAAUUUGAAUCAUUUCCCAAUGAUGGAUUAUUUGCACCUCAGCUAGAGACAUUUUAUAUUGAAGGGUUGGAGAAAUUGAAAUCAAUGCCUAAACGCAUGUCUUCCCUCCUUCCAUCUCUUGGUGAGCUCACGAUAUGCAACUGUCCAAGAGUGGAGUUGUCUGAGGGAUGUUUGCCAUCCAAACUUGUUGCCUCACUAAAAGGGGUGGAUUGUUUCCCAGGUGAAAGUUUUCUCCCAUUCUCUCUUAGUGAAUUAGAGAUAAAUGAUUGUCCAAAUCUUAAGAAACUGGACUACAAGGGUCUCUAUUACCUCUCUUCUCUCCAAAAAUUGAAUCUUUUUAAGUGCCCCUUACUCAAACAGCGCUGCAAAAAACAAGGUGAAGACUGGAUCAAGAUUUCUCGCAUUAAAACCAUAUGGGUUGAUUAUGAACAACCUAAAUUGAAAGGGCACUUGCCAGAGCAACUUUCUCAUUUAAAAAUACUAACUAUUGAUCAAUGCGAACAAAUUGAGGCUACGAUUCUCAAGGGUGUAGAAAUUGAAGAUGUGAAGAUGGAGCCUUCUUCAUUUGAUAUGAUAGGGCCCCUAGUAUUUGAUACUCCUCUUGAAUCCUUAAGUAUUUAUUCUUGUCCGGGCAUAAACAUUCCCUUAAACCAUUGGUACUCUUUGCUUGUAGAAUUGGAUAUUAGUGAAAGUUGUGACUCUCUCACGAACUUCCCUCUAGACAUUUUUCCAAAACUUUGCGACCUUUGUUUAAACGAGUGUCAUAACCUACAGAUGAUAUCGCAGGGGCACCCUCAUACUCAUCUGAAGAGUCUGACAAUUCAAAAGUGCUAUAAAUUUGAAUCAUUUCCCUGUGAAGGAUUAUUUGCAACGCAGCUAGAGAGCUUUUUCAUUGAAGAAUUAGAGAGAUUGAAAUCAAUGCCUAGAUUCAUGUCUGUGCUGCUUCCAUCUCUUAAUUAUUUGUCUAUACGCGAUUGUCCAGGAGUGGAGUUCUCUGACGGAUGUUUGCCAUCAAAUCUAAAAGAAAUGCGUCUCUUCAACUGCUCCAAACUUGUUGCCUCACUAAAGGGUGUUUGGGGAACCAACCCUUCUCUAAAAUCCUUGUAUAUUCGUAAAGUGGAUGUGGAGUUUUUUCAGAGUGAAGGUUUUCUCCCACUCUCUCUUACUAAUCUAGAGAUAUAUGAUUGCCCAAAUCUUAAGAAACUCGACUACGAGACUCUUUCUCCCCUCUCUUCUCUUGAGAAAUUGGAUAUUGUGAAUUGCCCCAGCCUCCAUUGCUUGCCAGAGGAGGGUCUGCCCAAAUCUAUUUUAGAACUCGGAAUCAAAAGUUGUCCGUUGCUCAAACAGCGGUGCAAGAAACAAGAAGGUGAAGACUGGGCAAAGAUUGCUCAUAUUAAAACCUUAUGGGUUGAUUUCGAACAAGUAAACAUAAAAGACGAAGCACAAGUUGGAAAAUACUAAGGCACCAAUUCUCAUAUGCCUACAUUUUCAACAGGUGCUAAUUCUCCACAACAUGAGGCAUUUCAAAUACAAUCUUAUUCACCGCAAAUAUUUUAAUCUCUAGUUCACCAUCUUUCUUCACGCAUCACCUUUUGUUCCCUUAAAUGUUCUGUUUUACGUGCAAGAAUUCUGUUAUUGAUUUUGAUACAACACGGGCUUUAUUGAUGAAGAGGUCCACUAGAGUGCACAAGAAACCUAAUUGGCUAAAGGAUUUUGUUUAAAAAAAAUGCUUUUCAGUAGUUUAAAUAUGCUUGUUUUAUGAACGAGGCUUUUAGACCCAAUAUGUUUUUUUUCCUCUGUAAGCUACUGGACCACAAGUUCCCUAUUUAGGGAUCGGAAUGUAUUGGAACGAGACACAAAGAGAUAAAUUUUUAACCUAGUUUUCUUUUCCUCCCCUCACCUAUCUUAGCAGGUACCUAACAUUGAUGCUUUCAUUGAUUUCUCCAUGCCUCCCAAACCACAAUCCAAAGAACUAGAGGACAUCCUCAAUGCUAUCCAGGAUCGCUUGACCGCCAUCCAAACCCAGAUGGAGACCCAAGAACAACGCCAAUCUGCCCUAGAAACCAAAAACGAGUCCCUCCACUCCUCACUUUCAUUUCUCAUAGACCAGGUAUCCUCACUCCCUCCCCCCAACCCAACAACCAUACCCUCACCCUUUCAUAGUUCCUCCAUGCAUUCUAUCCAUAACUACCAGCAACCCCAUAUAGGCACAACCUCUACGUCCAUCCCUUUUAUUCCUGACUCCUUCAAUAGUCAUCUCCACACUGCUACCACUAUGACUACAUAACCUAUUACCAACCCACCCCCACCACCACUCAUACGUCCCCCCAAACUCCAACUAGCCUUCUUCGAAGGUCCUGAUCCACUAGAUUGAUUAUUUCAAGCAGACCAAUAUUUCACUUUUUACCAAAUACCCGUAGAGAAACGUCUCUCUAUGGUGGCAUUUCACAUGAAGGGAGAAGCCCUUAGCUGGUUCAAGUGGAUGCACCACAACAAUCUGCUCACCGAUUGGCACUCAUUCACUCGCGCACUUGAACUUCGUUUUGGCCCCUCCUCGUACACGAACCACCAAGCGGAACUCUUCAAAUUACAACAACACGGGUCCGUUUCUGAAUACCAAACACGCUUUGAGAAACUAUCUAAUUGCGUUAUUGGUUUAUCCUCAGACACCAUCCUAAAUUGUUUCAUUUCUAGCCUUCAACCUGAAAUUCGAAGGGAACUUACCAUCCUUCACCCAUACUCCAUAUCUCAAGCCAUAGGAUUGGCAAAAUUAAUAGAGGAUAAGAUUAAAGAUUCUAAGCCCAAAUAUCCUCAGCCCCAACCCCAUAACCCUACCCAUAUCCACCCGCCACAAAACCCUAAUAACUGCAUUCCUCAACAUCAACCAAUCACUACUCACCUACCAAUCAAACGCCUCACGCCCGCAUAACUUCAACAACGGCGAACUCAAGGACUGUGCUAUAAUUGUGAUGAAAAGUUCACCCCAGGCCAUAAAUGCUCCACUACGCGAUUCUUGCUGCUAAUGGACCUUUCGGUUUGUCUAAUGCCCCAUCUACUUUUUAGGCAGCCAUGAACGACCUUCUUCGCCAUAUCUAUGUCAGUUUGUUCUGGUUUUUUUAUGACAUCUUAGUCUACAGUCCUACUUUGGAGGACCAUCUCACUCAUUUACAUGUUGUUUUGGAAUUAUUAGAACAACAUCGUUGCGGAUGCACUAUCUCGCCAAGACAUGGAUGACCCUCCAAUGAUAAUGGUCCUAUCGACUCCUAUCCCCCUCAUCUUCAAGGAAUUAAAACAUUUUUAAUCCACUACAGUCGGCCAAGAUCUCAUCCAGUCCUGCACUCAACACCACCCUCUACCAAGUUUGUUUUACACUCGUUAAGGCAUCCUGUUUUUUCGCAAUCAGAUCUUUCUCCCACCAAUCAGCAAUCUUCGAGAAAGAAUCCUCAGGGAAUUUCAUGCCUCCCUCACCACAGGUCAUUCAGGGGUGAAACCCACGCUCUCCAGAUUUGCUGCAUCCUUCUAUUGGCCAGGAUGGACCCGUGAUGCAAAGAAAUUUAUCCAGCAAUGCCAUAUUUGCCAAAGCAACAAGUAC